AUGGUGAAGCUGGCGACGGCGAGGGAGGCGCGCCUGUACGGGCCGGCGCUCACGGUGCGGAGGUGGGAGUACAUCAACGCCGGCGCGUACGUCUUCGGGACGCUGCUCCUGGCCGCGGGGCUCGCGGCGGUGUGCGCGUCGUCCGAUGGCGGCGUCAGGGCGGCGGGGCUCGUGGUGGCCGCCGCCGCGCUCGUGAUCGUGGCGGCCGUGAACGCGCACGACCUGGGCGCGCACCUCGCCGGCGUCGACUGCCGCGUCGGGCUCGUCCGGUUCGACCCCCAGCUCGCCCUCGUCGAGCUGCUCGUGCCGGCGCUCAACGCCGCCGGCUGCGUCCUCGCCAUCGUUGGCGUCGCGUUCCUCCUCUCCCAGAGCGACGGCCGGGAGCGGCACGCGGCGAGCACGAUGCUCGCGGGCGCGCUGCUCUGGCUGCUGGGCUCCGCGCUGAACGCGUGCCAGGUGUACGAGCGCGCCGACGGCCGCGCGCAGCUGCUGCAGUCCAGCGUCCAGGUCCCCGUGCUCGUCGGCAGCCUCCUCUUUCUCGUCGCCGCCGUCCUCAACCGCCGCGACCCGGUCGAGAGGUGGACCAUGUGCCUGUGCGGGAGCGUGCUCUGGCUCCUGGCCGCCCUGUUCAACGUCGUCAAAGUGUUCAUGAUGCACCAGAGCGACGCGCCGCGGCUCGAGAAGCUCCGCGGCGGCGCGCAGGAGUGGCUCAGCCGUGACCGCGAGGGCCGCGUGCCGCUCGUCUGGAGGUCGGCGGCGCCGCCCACCGAGCUGCGCUGA